GUUGACGUUACGUAAUGUGGGAAAAAGUUAAUUUGUAAGUUUUGCGAGCUGUCAUUACAUAGCUUGAGACUGUGCCUGCAAGAGAGAAGAUAGAACCUCCUGUUUAGGACAACGCGAUCUCUUUUUGUAGGUAACAAGAAGAAAAGUUUGACAUGAAGGUGUGCAUCAUUGGAGCGGGGGUCAUCGGCCUCUCCACGGCUCAGAGCAUCUACCAGCACUUCCACAGCCGGGUCACCCCUCUCACCAUAGAGGUGUAUGCUGAUGUCUUCACUCCACUCACCACCAGCGACGGGGCAGCUGGACUCUGGCAGCCUUAUCUAUAUGACAAGGGGAACGUGCAAGAAACUAAAUGGAACAAAGAGACAUUCGACUAUCUGUUAAGCUGCCUCAGCUCUCCAGAUUCAGUUCAAAUGGGAAUCUUUCUCCAGUCUGGCUAUAACCUGUGCACUGAACCUAUGGCGGACCCCUCAUUUAAAGACACUGUGUUGGGCUUUCGCCAGCUAACUAAACGUGAACUAGAUAUGUUCCCGGGAUACAGUUUUGGGUGGUUCAACACUGCUAUCAUGAUUGAAGGAAAGACAUACCUGCCCUGGCUUAUGAAAUGGUUAGGACAAAGACAGGUUAAGUUUUAUCAGAGGAAGAUUGGUUCAUUUCAAGAGUUGGCAGAUAGUGGUGCGGAUGUCAUCAUCAACUGCUCUGGUGUCCGAUCAGGAGACUUACAACCUGAUCCUGAGCUCAAACCAGGAAGAGGACAGAUCAUUAAGGUAGACGCUCCCUGGUUAAAGCAUUGGAUCCUCACACAUGAUUCCUCAUCAGGAGUCUACAACUCACCAUACAUCAUUCCUGGGAGUCGUUUAGUAACUGUGGGUGGAGUUUUCCAAGUAGGAAACUGGAAUCUGCAGAACAGCUCUACUGACCAUAGAGGAAUUUGGGAAGCCGCCUGCAAGCUUGAGCCCAGUCUGCAGAACACACGGAUAGUAGAGGACUGGACUGGUCUCAGGCCCGCACGCAGCAAAGUUAGACUGGAGAGAGAGACCAUACGAUUUGGACCACAUGCUUUUGAGGUCAUCCAUAACUACGGACAUGGAGGUUUUGGACUGACCAUCCAUCGUGGAUGUGCUGAAGAAGCUGCUCGGCUCUUUGGACAGAUCCUGGAGCAGAAAGGCUUGCUAGCACACUCUAAAUCACAUCUGUAAUAAUAGAUAUGGGCUUCUGGACAGUGUUAUCCAUCUCUCGAAUUGUCGCUAAUCUAAUAAGAAAUUGAGAUGCAUAAUGCAUUUGACUACAUUUAUCUGCACUAAUCUACAAUAAGACACAUACUAUUUUUCAUUUUUUGAAUCAUAAUUUAUUGUUAUCAUACAUGUACAUCCAGUGCAGUGGCAAGAGAUCUGUGCACAGAGACACAAAACGCGGCACUAAAUCGCAAAAGGCAGGCAUAGGAGACAACUCUCUGGAUUCACAGGAACAACUGCACACUUCCCAUCAUGCCACACACAAACCCACUGUACGGUUGAAAAGGCAUAAAUACAAAUGACCGAAUAUAUAAUUGAGAAGUGGAG